CCUUCCUCCUCCUCCUCCUCCUCCCUGUUUCUGUCUGUCCCGCUCCUCUCAGCGCACUCGGCUGCACGCGAUGGAACAGAUCUCAUCCCGAGCGGUGGAGGAGUCACUUUGAAUCGGGACCUGGGACAGCUGAACUGUGGAUGCUGCUGCCGAACAGGAAAUGCCUUGUGGACUCUAACUAGUCAUUUAGCGAAUCGACAUCUCUGCUGGGAUCUCCUGUUUUAACCCAGAAGAGAACGAGAGGAACGAGUGUGGACGCUGCAAACAGGACCUCCACAGCGCGUCAGGAUGCUCACGAUAAGGCAGCAUUGCACUUUGACAGCAGCAGCAGUAGCUGUGCUGCUGGCCUGUGUGCUCUCCUUCAACGUUGACCAGAAGAACGGUUUGUCGUUCGACGGUCCGGUGGAGGACAUGUUCGGUUACACCGUCCAGCAGUUUGAGAACAGUGAAGGGAAAUGGCUUCUCAUUGGCUCACCGCUGUCAGGACAGCCAGCUAGGCGAACAGGCGACGUCUACAAGUGUCCUGUGGGGAGGGGGGAAAACUUAUGCAUCAAGAUGGAGCUUCCAGAGAACACAACAAUCCCCAACUUGCAUGAAGUCAAAGAGAACAUGACCAUGGGAACGACACUGGUGACCAGUCCCAACGGAGGCUUUCUGGCCUGUGGUCCUCAGUACGGCUACAUGUGCGGGCACCAGCAGUACAUCUCAGGAGUCUGUGCCAAUGUCAGCUCUUCCUUCCAGAUCCUCAACUCUGUGGCUCCAUCCGUGCAAAAGUGUGGGGAGGAGAUGGACAUCGUGAUAGUUCUGGAUGGAUCUAACAGCAUCUGGCCCUGGAGCAGUAUCAUCGAUUUUCUGAAACGAUUCAUAGGGAAAAUUGUGAUUGGACCAAAACUCACCCAGGUUGGCAUCGUGUCGUACGGUGAUGAUGUGUCUCACAACGUCAACCUGAGCCAGUUUGACAACACUCAAUCUCUGCUGGAAUACAUUUAUGAUCUCCCUCAGCAGACCGGCCAAAAGACACUGACCUUCAUGGGCAUUGAAACAGCCAGGAAGGAGGCCUUCACGCCUGAGCGUGGUGCACGACCUGGAGUGAAGAAAGUCAUGGUGGUGGUGACUGACGGAGAGUCACAUGACUCUUAUAAACUAGAACGUGUCAUGAAGGAUUGUGAGGAGGAUGGCAUUGAGAGGUUUGGCAUUGCUGUUUUGGGAGAGUACAAUCGUAAGAACAAAAGUGCAGAAGAAGUGCAGAAGUUCAUCAAGGAGAUCGAGUCCAUCUCCAGUAAACCAGUACGGGACCACUUCUUUAACGUGUCUGAUGAGGUGGCUCUACUGACCAUCGUGGACGCUCUGGGAAGCAAGAUUUUUGCCUUAGAAGCUACAAGCAGCAAUUUCACCCAUCAUUUCGAGAUGGAGAUGUCCCAGACUGGCUUUAGUGCACAUUCUUCUAAAGACGCGGUAUUAUUGGGAGCAGUGGGAGCAUAUGACUGGAACGGAACAGUAGUAAUGCAAACUGCUGAGAGAAGUAUAGUACCAGGAAAUGACAGCUUCUAUGACCCAGAGACUGAGGCAGUGAAUGACGCACUUGCCGGGUACUUUGGCUACGAUGUCCAGUCAGCCUCCACCCGCAAUGGAGAGCUCUACAUCUCAGGCGCACCCCGGUAUAACCACACGGGCCGUGUUGUAAUCUACAGACUGGAUGAGAAUGACAGAAUCGUUGUCUCUCAGGUCCUGAGAGGAGAACAGAUUGGGUCCUACUUCGGCAGUGUCCUGCAGACUGUUGACGUGGAUAGAGACUCCUACACAGAUAUCCUCUUAGUCGGCGCUCCGAUGUUCAUGGGCAAAGACAGAGAUGAGCAGGGACAAGUCUACGUCUACAAAAUCAACCAGGCCGGCCGGUUUGAGCACGAGUUCACUUUAAAGCCUGUCAAUCAGUCGUGCUGCACCGCCCACUCAGCUACCUGCUCACAUAAAAACGAACCGUGCGGCGCUCGCUUUGGCACAGCCAUUGCUGCAGUAACGGAUCUCAACCUUGACGGGUUUAAUGACGUGGCCAUCGGGGCGCCUUUUGAGAACGACCACAGGGGGGCUGUUUACAUCUACCAUGGAGAUAAGACAUCGCUUAAAGAGAAAUAUGUGCAGCGCAUACCUGCAGGAGGCGAUGGUGAAAAGAAGAAAUUCUUUGGCCAGUCCAUUCAUGGAGUCAUGGAUCUUAACGGAGACGGCAUCAUUGACAUUUCCAUCGGAGGUCUAGGCGGGGCGUCACUGUUCUGGUCCAGAGAUGUAGCAGAGCUCCAUGCCAACAUGACCUUUGACCCCUCUAAAAUCAACCUGCAGCAGGCGCAGUAUCAGUGCGAGUACGGUGGACGUAAAUCGGUGUGUGUGAAAACAGAUGUGUGUUUCCACUACAGCAUCAAAUCUGAGCAACAGGACCCCAACGCUGCUGCAGAGAUCCGCUACAAUCUGACCCUGGAUGCUCUGCGUGCCAAAGCCAGGGCUUCAUUUAUCAACACGGACGAUAAAAGUGAUCGCCGGCUCACGAAGACAUUCACCAUCAAAGACAGAGAGAAAAAAUGUGUGCAAGAAGUCUUCAUGAUGUCGGCUCGGCCAGACUUCCGUGACCCCCUCAUGGUGUCUUUGGACUUUGGACUUGCCAAUGAAGACCAAGGCCCUGUCCUAGAUGAAAGCCUUCCAAGAUCAAUCAGUAAAACAAUUGCUUUAGUGGACUGUGGCAGCGAUCAGAGGUGCAUUGCUGACCUUGCCCUCAAAGCUGAGCCGAAUGUGAAAAGGAUGAUGAUUACAUCAAUCAAUGAUCGCCUGGAGGUGAACGUCAACAUUAGGAACAGCAAAGACAAUGCUUACAACACUAAAGUUAUCCUCAGCUUUACAUCAAACAUUAACUAUAACAAAGCGGAGCCGGAGAAUUUGUGCUCUCUCAAUGACUCAAAAGUGGAGUGUAAUGUCGGAUACCCUUUCUUAGGAAGCAACAAGGAGGAAAAUUUCAAAGUGAAAUUUCAGAUGAAUCCCGAACACGUCCAGUCAAUAAUUCAGAUCAACGUGACAGCUACGAGUGACAGUGAGGAGCUGGAUUCCACUCUGCAUGACAACUUUGUGCAGAUCUCCAUCCCUGUGAAGUAUCAGGCUGGACUCAUUUUCUCAGUGCGGCCUAUGGAAGAACACAUUGUAGUCAAAGAAGGGGAACAGUAUCCCGCUAAAAUCAAUGAAACCUGGAUGAUCGGAGAGGAAGUCAACAUCAGCUACACGGUGGAGAAGUCAGGUGAUGUGGGGACUCCGCCCCUUCAGCUGACAGUGACAUUUCCUCAUCUGUCUCCUCAUCAAAACCCCUUACUGUAUCUGACAAAUGUCAACCCCAGUCCAAAGGUGAAAUGUGAUGCAGAUCACUGGAUCAACCCUCAGAAGAUUCCUCCAGCCACUCCAACGCUACAGCCAAAGAAAGAGACGCUCGGUGUUUAUAUACUGAGCUGUGAGAGCCAUCCUUGUGCCUUUUUUAGCUGCUUUAUCCCUGAAGCUACAUUCGCUCAGGUCAACGUCACCUUCAGGGUGUGGAAGUCUACGUUCAUCAAGGGCGAGUUUUCCAGUCUGUACAUGUUGGUGAACGGCACGCUACAACCCAGAGACCCAGAUCUAUUUGAACUGAGCAGCAGCGACAGGAGCAGAAGUGCAAAGAUCCAGGUUACAAAGGAGACUUUAGGAGGAAUCCCUAUCUGGAUCAUUAUCAUCAGCAUCCUGAUUGGGCUGCUGAUUUUAGCGCUUGUCAUCUUUGCUCUUUGGAAGAUGGGCUUCUUCAAGAGAAAACCCAGGGACUACUCAAAGGAGGACAUGAUGGACUGAGCUAUCCAGCAACAGCGAGCAGCUUUGUGACUGACUGUUAGUCAGUUCGCACAUCAGACAGCUGGACAAAUGGAUGUACAGCCAAAAGACUCACGGAAACAUCAGUGCUACUCUGACGUCCUGGAAAAGACGGAUUUCAUUCACUGUUUCUUUAAGAGUACGGGUCAAAUAAUGUUUGCAAAUACUUUCUAAGACACACGUUGUCCUUGGAUAAUUGCACCAAUUAUUACUUUAUGUGAAGUGUUUGCAAAUGCUAUUUGUUCUCGGUAUGCUUCUUUCUUGCAGAUGUGUCAGUGUGUCCGGUCCAGCUGUUUAGGAGUAAGAAACAAUCACUCAGCAGGCAUCUGUUGGCAUAGUAGCAUUUAUCUGUAUUGCAUACAGUAAAACAAACCAAAAACCUUCAGAGCUACAACAUCUGCACUCGAGCUUUAGAGAAAAAAGUACUCAGGUCCGUCAGUGUGUUGCCCAAGCAGCCUCACAUACUCGCCACGUCACCACAGCCACGGUGUAGGAGGCCUACUUUCUCGUGCAGCGUACAAUAUGUGAGCUUAAUAUGUGCUGCAGGAGGCUGAGACUUGUUUUAUGUGCUUGAUUCAUUUGACAGAACACUGAACCUUUUAGCCUUUUAUACAAUUGAGUUUUUGUUUUGGUGUUUUUGCUGAAUUUUAACAAAAUGACACGGCACAUUCUGACUAGACACUGACCUGACAUACAGUAGGAUUUAUUUGAAGGUGCAGUCUGUAUGCUUUUUUUUUUUAAACUUCUCUAAGAUAAGCAUCCCCAAUGUUAAGUGUUUGUAAUUUGUGCACACUAGAAGGGGAGAGGCCAGACUCUUAAAGCAUAAAAAUGAAGAAGGAAAUACUGAAAAAGCCUGUUAGUUUGUAGGCAUUGAGAAGACCUCAGUGGUCAAAACAUUUAAUGAUAAAGGCCCUUUUUAGUUUAUCUAAAAAUACUUCAGUGUAUUAGUUUAUUUGACUGGGGCGUGCACAGCACAGCCAUUGAGCCAGAGCUCAUUUUAAAGCUAAUUUACAUCAGUGAACCCAAGACUGGAGGACGCAAAAACAUUGAAAACAAUAUGAAAACGAAUAGUUCAAAUGACUUCCUCAUUUUUACAUUUUCCCUUCUACAGGUGCGUCUUAAAAAAUUAGAGUAUCAUGACAAGUUCAUUUUUUUCCCUGUGCUUUACUUCAGAAAGUCAGUAUCCUUAUAAUCUAGAUUCAUCUCAUACAAAGUGAAACAUUUCAGGACUUUUUAUGUUUUAAUCUUGAUGAUUACAGCUUAUAGCUCACAGAAAAUCAAAAAUACACUAUCUCAAAACAUUAGAAUAUUUUGGAAGUUUGCAAAGGUUCCCUGAGCCUUCAUUCUCUCGCUCUGGUUCAGUACAAACAACCACAAUCAUGUGGAAGACUGCUGACUGGACAAAUGUCCGGAGGACAGUCAUUGACGUCCUCCACAAGGAGGUAAGCCUCAGAAGGUCACUGCUGAAAGGUCAGGCUGUUCUCAGAGGCUGAAUCAGAGCAGAUUCAUGGAAAGUUGACUGGAAGAGAAAAGUGUUGUAAGAAAACAGGGAUGAGCUCAGCCUUCAGAGGAUCGUCAAACAAAGCAGAUUCAAGAACUUAGAGGAGCUUCACAAGGACUGGACUGAGGCCAGAGUCAGUGGAUCAAGAGCCAAAACACAGAUGGGUGCAGGCAACAGACUACAAGCGUGGUGUUCUGAGCGUGGAGCCGAUCCUGAACCACAGACGUCAUCAGCGUCUUACCUGGGCUAAGUAGAAAAAGAACUGGACUGUUGCUCAGUGGUCCAGAGGUCUGAUUUCAGAUGAAAGUCAGUUUUGCAGGUCUCAGAGUCUGGAGG